AUGCAAUGGUAUUCUUUAGUUCCAAAGUCAUCGUUUCUCCUCGUGAUAUAUCUUAAUCUGACAUUAACCGUCCAUUCGUUAACAAAAUCAAUAUGCUCGUCUUACCUAAUCGCGACUGAUAUCGAUAUCCGAACACAUCAUCAAUACGUUCAACCAUGUCCUGUGUCGUACCCAUGUCAAUGUUUAUGCGACAUGGAAAACCAUCGAUUAUGGAUUGAUUGUUUUUCUCGUCACUUGCAAACAUUUCCAACAUUUGAAUACAUCGAUACAGAUCAAACAAUACUCGAAUGGAAUAUCGAUUUAGCAUUCAACUCAUUCGACAAUGUGACAAUUGCGAAAUGGUUACCUGAAAAUAUGCGUAUCCGUUACUUGAUUUUCUCAGGUUCAUUAGCUUAUGAUCUCAUAGUUCAAUUAAAUUUAACUCACAGACAUUUGAUCGAUCAAUGGCCAAACAAGAAACACUUGUUUAUCACAAACAAUGAUGGUGAUGAAGAUGAGGAAGAAGAAGAAGAAGAAGCAGAAGACGAUGACGUUGAAGAGCUUAUGAAACGUUCUAUUUCUCAAUCUGAUUAUGAAUAUACACGUCUUCUUACGGAAUUAACAUCCGAAUUACGCGAUCAAAGCAAACAAAUUCAAACGUUUGCUCUGUCUUUAGCCGAAGAGCCAUCACCCAUUUCCAUACUCUAUCUCGAUCAUAAUCGGCUCGGCGAAAUUCCACUGAGAGCUCUAUACAAUGCUACAGGUUUAUAUGAACUUUAUCUUUCCUACAACAACAUAAGUUCAUUACCCGCGUACGCAUUUGGAUUUUCCCAUCGGCUAACUCGUUUAGAUUUAUCGUAUAAUCAAAUCUCGUCCAUAGAUAAUUUUACAUUUGAAAGACAUCCACGUGCUUAUGCAGGCCCGUUCUUAAUCGAUUAUUUGGAUCUCUCGCAUAAUCAAUUAACAGUCUUAAACUCACACUGCUUUUCUUACUUAGUCAAUUUACGUUUAUUGAAACUACAGCAUAAUCAAAUCUAUGAGUUAUCCGCCGAUGUUUGGACGGGACUCUAUCGUUUAAAGUAUCUGGACUUAUCACACAAUUAUAUCGACAAUAUCACUCAAAUAUUCUAUAAUGCAUACUUGAGUGAAUUAAAUCAGUUGAAACUGACAUCGAAUAAUAUCAGUCAAAUAAAUUCUUGUGAAUUUCUUGCAUUACAAGCAUUGAACCGUCUGGAUCUUAGUAAUAAUUAUCUUUCAAAUCUUGACACAUGUGCAUUCUACGGUCUUCCUCGAAUAACAUCUCGUUCUUCGUUGCAUGUGUAUCUGCAUGCAAAUCAAUUCGAAACAUUGCAUCCGUGUACAUUCAAUAACUUUGCACGCUCAACAAUUCACAUUGAGAACAAUCCGUUGAUAUGCAAUUGUACAUUGAAUUACUUGUUACAAGAUAGGAAAUCUUUAGCGUAUACAGGACAAGAAUGUCGAGGAGGAUAUGUGUAUCAACUGCAAACACAAUUUUCAUCGCCAGCUAUAAGAAAAGCCAAUCGUAGGGCAGGAAAGAAGUUUGCCAACACGUCGAUAACAUGUCGAGAUGCUUAUAAAUAUUACAAUAAUCUGUGUCCACAAUCUGAUUGUAAAACUCUCUGUUCACCGAACGAACAAUUUGUUAUUCAAGUCAGCAAAAUAGCUCUACCGAAUCGAACAACAUCAACAUGUCGACGAACAUUUCUUCCAUUGUUGUUUUUUGUCUUCUAUGUGAUAUUAACUGAACAAGUCAGAGUCGUUGUUUAA